AUAAAUUUUGUUUUCUUUAUUGCAUACCAAAAGUAUGACGACUCCCAAACUCUUCUCCACGGCAGCGGCCUUUGCCGUUCUCUUCUCUGCUCUUUUCGCCGCAAAUCAUGUUUUCGACUUCGCUUCUCUCUCUACCAAAGACCCCAAAAGCCUUUCCGAUCAUGAUCAUGAUCAUCAUGAUUUUGGGCACUUUGAAUUUCUUCCAAUUGUUGGAGCUCUUGGUCCCGAGAGCUAUGCCUUUGACAGCCUCGGCGACGGCCCUUACACCGGCGUAUCCGACGGUCGGAUCAUCAAGUGGCAAGAAGAUCAACGGCGCUGGAUUGAUUUUGCAGUCACUUCUCCAAACAGAUCUAGCUGUGAAGGGUCACAUGAUCAUCAUCUGACGGAGCACAUUUGUGGGCGUCCGUUGGGCCUGAGUUUCCACAAAACGAGCGGUGAUCUCUACAUCGCCGACGCCUAUAUGGGGCUGCUCGUUGUCGGGGCUGAAGGCGGCUUGGCCACCCGGGUGGUGACUCAAGCACAAGGAGUUCCAUUUGCAUUUCCCAACGGUUUAGACAUCAAUGAUGAGAAUGGAUUAGUCUAUUUUACUGAUAGCAGUUCUCGUUAUCAAAGGAGGAACUACCUUUCUGUUAUAUUAAGUGGAGACACAACCGGAAGAUUAAUGAGUUAUGAUCCUCAAAGCAAACAAGUAGAUGUUUUACUUGAAAAUCUCUCAUUCCCAAAUGGGGUGGCACUAAGCCAGAAUGGAGAUUUCCUUUUGAUUGCAGAGACCACGUCUUGCAGGAUCAUGAGGUAUUGGCUAAGAACUCCCAAGGCUGGGACUUUUGAAGUCUUUUCACAAUUGCCCGGAUUUCCAGACAACAUUAAGGGGAGUCCAAGAGGAGGAUUUUGGGUGGGAAUUCACUCAGAAAGAAAAAAGGUCUUUGAAUUGAUUCUUUCAUAUCCAAGUAUAGCAAAAGCCAUUCUUCAGCUUCCAUUUGAUGUAAUGAAGGCGUACACAAGUCUGGGUAAGUGGAGAGGAAGAGGGUUGAUGAUUAGGUUGAGUGAGGAAGGUGUUUUGUUGGAUGUGCUUGAAGACAAGAGUGGUGUGAAAUGGAAAGCUGUUUCUGAGGUGGAGGAGAGAGAUGGGAAUCUUUGGAUUGGAUCUAUACAUAAACCUUAUGCUGGAAAGAUCACAUUAAAUGAUACAAAUUAAUUACACAAACUUGUAAUAUAUGUCGGAGUAAAAUU